UGACAGAUAAUAUGUGAGAUUGUUUGUGUGAGUGGUGCGAGUUAUUUGUAAUUUUGUACUAAAAAUAUAAUUACUAUUUCAAAUUACAGUACAAAUAUGUAUUCAUUAAAUUAAUAUACGUUUACUAUUCCUUGCUGAUAAGUUUAUCAUCCAUGUGUUUAGUUUUGUAAGUACAAUUAUUGAUGUUUAUGUGUGAAUUUAUUACUUACGAAAUUUACAUCGUUUAAUUGUAAAAAUAAACAUGUCUGUGAGUGAAAAAGUGUCCCUUUCGGAUGCCCUGAGCAACGUAGACGUUCUGGACGAGUUAACAUUACCAGAUGAACAGCCAUGCAUCGAGGCAGCUCCCUGCUCUAUCUUGUACCAGGCCAACUUCGACACCAACUUUGAAGACAGAAAUGGCUUCGUCACGGGCAUUGCCAAGUACAUUGAAGAGGCCACAGUUCAUGCCAACUUGAACGAGCUGCUGGAGGAAGGCAAUGCCCAUGCAGUAAUGCUGUACACCUGGCGUUGCUGCAGCAGGGCCAUACCACAGCCGCGCUCCAACGAGCAGCCCGACCGCGUGCACAUCUACGAGCGCACCGUGCAGGUGCUGGCGCCCGAGGUGGACAAGCUGCUGCAGUUUAUGUACUUCCAGCGUAAAGCGAUCGAGCGCUUCUGCGGCGAAGUGCGCCGUCUCUGUCACGCUGAGAAGCGUCGCGACUUCGUCUCAGAAGCGUACCUUCUGACUUUGGGCAAGUUCGUCAACAUGUUCGCUGUGUUGGACGAACUGAAGAAUAUGAAGAGCUCUGUGAAGAAUGAUUACUCUACGUACAGACGUGCGGCCCAGUUCCUCAAAGUGAUGUCGGACAGUCAGAGCCUGCAAGAGUCUCAGAAUCUGUCCAUGUUCCUGGCCACUCAGAACAAGAUCCGGGACACUGUUAAGGAUGCCCUGGAGAAGAUUAACGGCUACGAAGAGUUGUUAGCAGAUGUGGUGAACAUAUGCGUUCAUAUGUUUGAAACGAAGAUGUACCUUACUCCGUCGGAGAAGCACAUGCUCGUCAAGGUGAUGGGCUUUGGCCUUUUCCUGAUGGACUCCGAGAUAUGCAACAUCAACAGACUCGACCAGAAAAAGAAGCUGCGCUUGGAUCGUAUUGACAGGAUUUUUAAGAACCUCGAAGUGGUACCUCUAUUUGGGGACAUGCAAAUAGCCCCGUUCAACUAUAUCAAGAGAUCCAAACACUAUGACCCUAGCAAGUGGCCGCUAUCAUCAAGCCCGAACCCGCUGUCACCGCAAGCUGAUCUGAUGGUCCACCUGCCACAGAUAAGAGAAGAACAUCAGAACUACAUAUCCGAGUUGGCCAGAUAUAGCAACGAAGUGACCACAACCUUCAAGGAAGCAGGCUCCGAUGCAGAGAACAAAGCGGUGACGGAGCUGUGCCUCCGAGGGCUCCAGCUGCUCUCCUCCUGGUGUUCCGUGCUGACGGAGCUCUGCUCCUGGAAGCUGCUGCAUCCCACGGACCACGCCACCAACGCGUACUGUCCUCCUGACGCUGAGGAGUACGAAAGGGCGACGCGCUACAACUACACGCGGGAGGAGAAGUUCGCCAUGAUCGAAGUGAUCGCCAUGAUCAAGGGGCUGCAAGUGCUCAUGGCGCGCAUGGAGACGGUGUUCGCGGACGCGGCGCGCCGCUCCGUGUACGCCGAGCUGCAGGACUUCGUGCAGCUGGCGAUGCGCGAGCCGCUGCGGAAGGCCAUCAAGAACAAGAAGGACCUCAUACGCAGUAUAAUAGUGUCCGUGCGCGAGACGUGCGGCGACUGGGCGCGCGGCUGCGAGCCGCAGCAGGACCCGGCGCUGCGCGGGAAGAAGGACGCCGAGGCCAGCUUCACCAUCAAGGUGCCGAGGAGAAACGUCGGUCCCUCAUCAACCCAGCUGUACAUGGUACGCACGCAGCUGGAAGCCCUCAUCUCCGACAAGUCGGGAGGACGCCGGACCCUCAGGAAGGACCUGGAGGCGGCGGCCUUGCAGCAGAUUGAGGCCUUCCACCGGCAGAGCUUCUACUGGGCCUACCUUCUGAACUUGGCUGAUUCUCUGGCGAAAUGCUGUGACCUGUCCCAGCUGUGGUACAGAGAGUUCUACCUGGAGAUGACCAUGGGCAGGAAAGUCAACAAAUGCACAGUGCGUCAUCAGCACAACGAAGAGUGCAACGACCUCAUCACCAUGGAGAAGCGCAUCCAGUUCCCCAUAGAGAUGUCCAUGCCGUGGAUCCUCACCGACCACAUCCUGAAGAGCAAGGAGCCGGCCAUGAUGGAAUACGUGCUAUAUCCCUUGGAUUUGUACAACGAUUCGGCGCAGUACGCCUUGACAGUGUUCAAGAAGCAGUUCCUCUACGACGAGGUGGAGGCUGAGGUCAACUUGUGCUUCGACCAGUUCGUCUACAAGUUGUCCGAACUGGUUUACGCGCAUUACAAGCAGUUGGCUGCGAGUAUGUUGUUGGAUAAACGCUACCGCGCUGAAUGUGCCGCGCGCGGCGCCAGCACUGGGUGCGGUGCGGGUCGGUACGCGUCGCUUCUCAGGCAGAGACACGUGGCUUUGCUUGGACGCCAUGUUGAUUUGUGUGCCUUGGUUGCGCAAAGAAUCAACGCGGAUAUGCAUCGUGCCCUGGACGCGGCCGUGGCCAAGUUCGAAGCUGGUGAUAUUACUGGUGUUGUGGAGUUGGAAGGUCUCAUAGCAGUGAACCGUCUGUGCCACAAGCUGCUCAGCCGGUACCUCACACUGGACGAGUUCGACGCCAUCUUGCGCGAGUCCGACCACGGCGUGCUCGCUCCGUACGGCCGCAUAACCCUGCACGUGUUCUGGGAGCUCAACUACGACUUUCUGCCCAAUUACUGCUAUAACGCUGCCACUGAUCGGUUUGUGAAGUGUCGUCGUAUCCAGUUCGCCGCGCAAGUGCAGCGCGAGAAGCCGCAGCAGUAUGGGCACGCGAUGCUGUGGGGCUCCAAGCAGCUCAGUCUGGCUUACUCCGCACAGUAUGCGCAAUAUAACGGCUUCGUGGGUCCUCAGCAUUUGCACGCACUGGUCCGCCUCCUGGGCUAUCAGGGGGUCGCGGUGGUGGUCUCCGAGCUGCUGGGUGUGGCACGCGGCUUACUCCACGGGACCCUAGCGCAGUUCACAAGAGCCUUGGCCGCUGCCAUGCCCAGGCAUUGCAAGCUGCCCAGAUACGAUUAUGGUUCUAAUGGCGUGCUGGGCUACUACCAUGCGCAGCUGACUGACAUUGUGCAAUACCCCGACGCCCGCACAGAGCUAUUCCACGCCUUCCGCGAGCUUGGCAACAUCAUAUUGUUCUGCAUGCUCAUCGAACAGGCUUUAAGCCAAGAAGAGGUGACAGAUCUCCUUCACGCGGCACCGUUCCAGAACAUUCUGCCACGGCCAUAUACUGCAGAGGGUGAGAAACCGGAAACUAAGCAGAAGCGUUUGGAGGCGAAGUACUCUGCGCUUCAAAUCGUGCAAAACGUCGAAAAAUAUGGCACCGCUAAGCAAAGCCAACUGUCGCGCGAGGGGGACCUGUUGACGCGCGAGCGGCUGUGUUGCGGCCUGUCGCUGUUCGCGGUGGUGCUGCGCAGGCUGCGCGCGUGCCUCACCGCGCCGCAGUGGCCCGCGCCCCCUGCGCCCGCGCACCACGGCCCGCUGCAGACCGACGACACGCAAGAGUUCCACAGAUUAUGGUCAGCUCUGCAAUUCCUCUACUGUAUUCCGGUUGGGGAGACACAGUUCACUGUUGAGGAGCUGUUUGGCGAAGGCCUGCACUGGGCAGGCUGCACCAUCAUAGCGCUGCUCGGCCAGCAGCGGCGCUUCGAGGCGCUGGACUUCUGCUACCACAUCCUCAGGGUCCAGCGGGUCGACGGCAAGGACGAGCUGGUCAAAGGCAUCCCCCUGAAGCGCAUGGUGGACCGCAUCAGACGCUUCCAGGUGUUGAACUCGCAGAUCUUCAGCGUGCUGUCGCGCCACCUGGCGUCCGACGACGAGCGCGCCGGCGUCGAGCACGUGCGCUGCUUCCCGCCGCCCGCCGCGCACCACCACAACUGAGCACGGGAGCACGUGCGCCGCUUCCCGCCGCCCGCCGCGCACCACCACAACUGAGCACGGGAGCACGUGCGCCGCUCCCCGCCGCCCGCCGCGCACCACCACAACUGAGCACGGGAGCACGGGAGCAAGGCGAUACAUAUAAAUGAAAUAAUGUAGUGUUUAACUUUACUCGAUCGUUUAUUAUGCUGCCGAAAACAAUAUUAUAUCACGGUGGCUGCGGCACGAGGUCAAUUAACCUCGUACCAGCAAAAAAUGCUUUUAAGAGAGAGUUUAGAGAUUGAUAAACCUCGUUCCGCACCAUAAAAAGUUUUAGUACGAGGUCAUAAUAGAACUUUAUGUGGUGUGGUACGAGGUCAAUUGACCUCGUGCCGCGGCGAACGUGUUAACAGAGCACAAAUAAAUGAAAUCAUGUAUCCUUACCCUGAGAAAAAAAAUGGCUGGUUGAUUAUGCGCUUCCAUACAAAAAUUUCAAAUCGCUUUUUACCUUACUUUUUUUGUAAACUCCUUUACAAAAGUUACUUUUUGCAAUCUUAUUAUUUCGUUUCUUUGUCUAGCACUCUUGCUUUUUUUUUUAAUUUUACAUUCACUUCUCAUGAAAAAAAUCGAAACUGCCUGAACAGUAGUUGGGAGCUGUUUCGAUUUUUUUUUAUGAGAACACAGAAUAAAGAAUGAUACAGAAUGAGUCUUUACAAGCAGCGUUACAAGCAUGGGGCCGGUGAAACCCAUAAAAAACACAAACGCGUCACGCGUCUCCUUGACAACCGUAUAUACAAACUUUUUCAUAAUUUGUAUUUCUAGAUUUACAACAAUUACGUAAAUUCAUAUAUAAUCAUAGGCAAUACUAAUAUUAUAAAGCGGAAGAGUGUGUUUGUUUGUUUAAUUGAACGCGCUAAUCUCAGGAACUACUGGUCCGAUUUGUAAAAUUCUUUCAGUGUUAGAUAGCCCAUUUAUCGAGGAAGGCUAUAGGCUAUAUAUAAUAUCCCCGUAUUCCUACGGGAACGGGAACCACGCGGGUGAAACCGCGCGGCCUCAACUAGUAUAAUCAAUAAUUAGCAAUAAAAAAAUACUCCAUCUGAUUUUUUUAGUUUUUUUAACAGUUUUUAAUAUAUUUAAAAACAUUAGACGCCAUUUUUUUUUUUGAAUAAUAUUGAAAGUUACUGAUGCGACGCUUCGUGUAGUACUGACUCGAGAAUGUAUUAGUUUUUGAAUUACAUGCACUCUAUCUGCCUAUAAUUCUUUAAUCUGUGGAUGACAAGUAUAUUUUUCUAUAUGUAUUUACAUAGUCAUUCCAAUCUAAGUUUUUUCUUAACUUAGUCUUUUUCUAAACUUGAUUUUUUUUAAUAUACUUACUUUGUGAAAAUGAAUUCAAUUUAUGUAUUUUCUACGUACUAAUCUUUAAAAGUAUUUAAAAUAUUCGCCAAAAAAAACCAUAGUUUGUAACUACACAUUAAUUUAAUUAGUUCUAAAUUAUUAUUAUAUUUAAUUAGCUUUAAUAGUUAUUAAUAUUAUAAUUUAUAUUUAAGAAAUAUUCAAACUUAAUAAAUUAUGAACAACCAACUUAAAUAUUACAAAAUAUUAUGAAUAUAUAAAGUACUAAUAGUUUUGAUUACAGGUCCUGGGUUCGAUUCCCGGUUGAGUCAAUUGAGGUUUUCUUAAUUGGUCCAGGUCUGGCUGGUGGGAGGUUUCGGCCGUGGCUAGUUACCACCCUACCGACAAAGACGUACCGCCAAGCGAUUUAGCGUUCCGGUACGAUGUCGUGUAGAAACCGAAAAGGGUGUGGAUUUUCACCCUCCUAUCAAGUUAGCCCGCUUCCAUCUUAGAUUGCAAUGUCACUUACCAUCAGGUGAGAUUGUAGUCAAGGGCUAAAACAGUUGCCUAUAGGUUAAUCCAGGCAGUGGCGUGCACAUCAUAUAUGCAAAAAAUCACUGCAUACCCUAAGGACUUAAUACAAACCUAUGUUAAACCACAAAAUUAUAGUUUGACAAGGAAUUUGCCCAAUUUUUACUGUUAGUGCACACCCCAGUUAAAUACCUUAUGCACGCCACUGAAUCCAGGGUAUAUCAAAUCCAUUCGGUAGUUUUUGCUUGAAAGAGUAACAAACUAUCGCGUUUUUAUUACACCCGCGUAAUUGUCGUUCCCGUUGGAAUACUGGGAUAAAAUAUGGCCUAUGACACUCGCAAAUAACGUAGCUUUCUAUUGGUAAAUCAUUUUUAAAAUCAUUUUAGAAUUCUUACCCCCUACAACCAAACUUAACAUAAAAGGAAUAAAUUACUAAAGUUUAUUUUUAUUUAAUAAUUUGUUUAUUUAUAUACCUUAGUUGUGUCAGUGUAUAAUUUAUUAAGUUUUAAUUCUUUCAAUUAUAUUCAAUGAAAUAUAUGUGUAUUCAGAAAAUUAUUCCAUUAUAUCUUAUUAAAUUAGAUUUAUGUAUUACGUAAUAAUGUAUUAUUAGAAUUAUAAUAAUAAUAAUCAAUAGUUUUUUUUUAUAAGUUUUUAGUAUUUUGUACGUAAUAUUGUUCAAAAUUAAACAAAGGAGAAAUAAAUAAAUGAGAGAUCAAUAGUUUUAAGUACUGAAUGGAUUUAAUUUAUUUACAAAGUAAAAACUAUGCAUUCUAGAGAAGCUGUUCCAAACAAUAAUCUUUUUUAACAUAAAAAUUGACUUUAAAGAGGUAUUCUAGUUAUUUUGAUUUUAACACAAAACUACUAAACCGAUUUUCAUGAAAAUGAAAUGGGACCAAUCUGGAAGUGUACCCUUUCAAACAAAAAAGAAUUUUCAAAAUUGGUUUAUAAAUUACAAACUUAAAAAAAAAAACAUACGAACCUCCUUUUUCGAAGUCAAUGGAGUAUGCGUUUCUUUGGAUAACGAAUUUUGUUUCAAAAUUAAUUUUAUUUUUGGCCUUUGCAUGCAACUAUAAAUGUUGCAAUUUAUUUAUAGGUUAUAAUUUUUUAGAUUAAGAAUUAUUAAUAAUAUGAAUUUCUUAUGCUUUUUUUAUAUUGAAAUUAUUAUUAUAGAUGUUUUGUGUUUAAUGAGUAUUUUAUAAUUUAUGAUAUUAAGAAUUUAUUUCAUGAAUAAAUUAGUAAUCAAAA